GUGUGACAAGUUGUUGUUGUGCUGCGCUGCUCCGUCACCCACGGCUAAUAAUGGCUUUUAGAACUUUGUGAUUACCUCUUAUUGUGCACUUCUUCAAUAUAUCACUGCAUAAUAAUGCAGGUGAGUUGGUGCGUCACUUGUGGUGAAAACUGUUACGUGAAGAACUAAAGUGAAUUAAAACGUUUGCAACAAGUUAUUUCUAGUCCGGGGUUGAGAAAUUCCCAGCCAAUUUAGUGGUUAGUGAGACUAUGGAAAGUGCUUUUGUUAAUUCAACGGAAAGAGAUGGUGUCUGUCGUCAUUCACUGCCAGUGUUCAAUUCCUUCAUUCUGUUCUCAGAAUAAGCGGGACUGGCCAGGUCAAGUGGGUGUUGGGCUGGUAAACGUUGCUCAGCUUGACGGAAACUGUCUGGCUUAUGACCACGUAACGUAGCUGAGGACCAAGUUAAUGUGUCAGAGAAUGGAUAUUCCAGAAGGAGCAGUUGUACAGCAAUAUAAGAAAAGGCCUGAGGAUCCUCCUUUUCUGACUGUGGGAACAGAAGUAUCUGCCAAAUAUAAAGGCGCCUUUUGUGAGGCCAAGGUUCACAAGGUUGUUAAAGUCGUCAAGGUCAAGGUGACAUUUAAACUGGGUUUGGGCUCAACAGUUGUAUCUGAUGAUCAGGUGAAAGGUGUUUUGAAAAUUGGAGCCCAGGUUAAAGCAAGCCACCCAGACAAAAAUCAGUAUGUAGAUGCCAUUGUUAACAAAAUUCAAGAUUGUAGUCAGUACACCGUUGUGUUUGAUGAUGGUGACAUUACAACGUUACGUCGAACCUCGCUGUGCUUGAAAAGUGGUCGUCAUUUUGCUGAGAGUGAGACAUUGGAUCAACUACCUUUAACGCAUCCAGAACAUUUUGGCACCCCAGUUGGGGGAGCAAGGCGGGGUCGUAGAUCCAGGCAGCACCAUGAAGGGGACGAGUCUGGUGAUGAUGACGAUGAUGUACAUAAACGACAUCGUUCUAGGCGGGAGGAAUGGGAAUCUGAUAUUGGAAAGGUUGUGUGUGUUGAACUUGGAGAUAAGAAAAAACAGAAGGAUAAUUGGUUUCCAGGAUUAGUUGUUGCCCCUACAUCUCAAGAUUCUGUCAAGAUUGAAACAAAAAAAGAUUAUCUUGUCAGAUCCUUCCAGGAUGGUAGAUAUUACACAGUACCAAAAAAGGAAGCCUCCCCUUUUAGCCGUGAGGUUGGCAGCAAGGUUUCUCAGAGUGCUUUAAAGAUAGCAGUCGAAAAGGCUCUUCUCUUCAUGACUAAUGAUGAGCUUCCACCCCAUUGGGAUCGUGACUUACUUUUUGGCAUGGAUGUGUCGGAUGAUGAUUCAGACAGAGACGGAUCAGAUUCUGACAGCUCGGAUGAUGAACCAAGAGAAGAAAAGGAUCACUUUGUUGCUCAGCUCUACAAGUUCAUGGAAGAAUGUGGGGCACCAAUCAAUAGUGGACCAACUGUAGGCAAUAAGGACCUUGACCUUUAUAAAUUAUUCAAGGUUGUACAGAAACUUGGAGGAUUCAACCGUGUGAUGAACCAAAAUCAAUGGAAGGUGGUGUCUAACAAGAUGCAGUUGCAAAGUCUUGGCUCUCAGGGUCCUAACCAUAUCAAGGCUGCCUACAAGAGAUAUCUGCAAAGUUUUGAGGAAUUCUAUAGAAAACUUGGCUGCACCAUGGUUAGUAAUCCACGAGGGUCUCGCACAAGACAUCGUUCUGGCCGAAGCUUGAUCCGUGACUGUGAUAGGACACCUCGCACAUCCAAGAAGAAAGAAAAUGAUAGUUGUGACUCAACAGAAGAUGAAACUGAAAAAAAAGAAGAGGAGGAGGAUGUUAAAAAAGUCGAGAAGAAAAAAAGUGAUAAGGAAGACACAAAAAAAAGUGAAGAGAAGAAGGAAGCAGAAAAAAAAGAACCCGAUAAAAAAGAAGCAGAUAAAAAGGACAAUGAAAGGAAAAAAGAAGAAGGAAAAGGUGGAAAGAAUGGUAAUAAAGAGCCACAGAAGCAUAUUGAGCAAGAACCAGCAGUAACAAGAGAAAGGUCCAAAGAACCAUUGUUAACAAGAGAGAGAUCCAAGGAGCCAGCCAUGACAAGGGAACGUUCUCGAGAACCUGGCUCAGUGAGGGAGCGUUCUCGAGAACCUGGCUCAGUGAGGGAACGUUCUCGAGAACCUGGCUCAGUGAGGGAACGUUCUCGAGAACCUGGCUCAGUGAGGGAACGUUCUCGAGAACCUGGCUCAGUGAGGGAACGUUCUCGGGAACCUGGCUCAGUGAGGGAACGUUCUCGGGAACCUGGCUCAGUGAGGGAACGUUCUCGGGAACCUGGCUCAGUGAGGGAACGUUCUCGGGAACCUGGCUCAGUAAAGGACCGUUCUCAUGAACCAGCAACAACAAGAGAGAGAUCUCGAGAACCAUCUGUCAAUAAAGAUCGAAAUAAGGAAUCCAUUAAUGCAAAAGAUGUUUUAGGAGAGAGUGUUACACCGAAAGAAAGAUUACGAGAACCCAGAACGCCUAGAUCAGAGGCAAAAACUAGAGCUGCUGCUGCCAAAAGUGAAGCUAUUGAAGUGAAGACUCGAUCUAGUACAAAAGAAGAAAGAACAGAUAUUUUAGAAGUAAAAACUCGUUCCAGUACAAGGGAUGAAAAGAAAGAGGAUAAAAAAGUUAAGAAGGAAGAAUUGGAGCAGGGAGAUGAUGAAGAAGAAGAAGAAGAGGUAGAGAUGGCUCAGACUCGGUCAUCAUCUAAGCAUCGUGAAGAGAGCCGUGAGAAGGAGGAAACUAUGAAAAAGACUGGAACACCAACAAGAAAAGCCAAAGGGGAACGCACUACUAAUGCUGCUGCUGCUGCUGCUGCUGCUGCUGCUGCUGCUGCUGCUGCUGCUGCUUCUGCUGCUGCUGCUGCUGCUACUACUACUACUACUACUACGACGACUACUACUACUACUAUUACUACUGCUGCUGCUGCUGCUCCUGCUCCUGUUGCUGCUACUGUUUCUGCUGCUACUGCUGCUGUUGCUGUUACAGCUGCUACUGCUGUUGCUGUUACUACUGGUGCUUCUGCUACAGUUAAUGUCCCUACUCCAACUCCAACCCCUACUCCAACUCCAACUCCUACUCCAACUCCAACUCCUACUCCAGAGAAUGAUGAUGAUGAUGAUGACGAUGAUGAUUCUACUGUCUCUAAUGUGACUACCUCUACUCCUGCACCUAACUCUGGUACCACGAAUCCUAUAAAUGCUGCUGAUAAGAAGGCAAAAAAAAAUAAAGUGACAAAAACAGGUCCUGGGCAGACACCAGUUGCAUUACCAGCAGAAGAUUCCCCAGGUGCUAAAAAACGAGGGCGUAAGAAGAAGGUGGAAGGGGAAGUGGAACCUCCUGUGGGGAAGGCACUUAUUCCUGCUCAUGUUCCUGUGAGUGUUGGGGAUAAACUUCGGGUGCUCUACGGUCCAAGUGCUAAAGUAUCCAAGGUUACAUAUGAAGCAAAGGUGUUAGAAGUUGAGGAGGAAGGUAAUGCUCCAAUGUACUAUGUUCAUUAUCUUGGCUGGAAUACAAGAUAUGACGAAUGGAUUAGAAGACCGCGUAUUGCAGAAAACAUCACUUGGUCUCAGAAUAGAGCAAGAAAAGGCCGAGCUGCUGCUACUAAAGAACUUAAAGAAAAAAAGGAGAAAGAAAAAGACUCAAAAAAGGAGGACAAAGAACCAACUCAGGCUACUGCUUCUCCUAAAACAAAUAUUGGAAAACGAGGAAGGCCUCCAGGGGGAAUGCGUGAGAGACGUGAAAGUGAGCGCAGUGAAAAAAGUGAUACCAGUUGCACAAGUAGUGUUUCUGGCCCUAGCACAAGAGCAGCACGAGAAAGGGUGCUUUUGCAGCCAGACAGCCCAUCAUACCUCGACCAGAGACGUACUAGAAAUUCCAUGGCAGGCACAACAGAAAGUGACAGUGAAGAUUAUGAAUCUGAUGCAGAUACUGGAUCUGAAAAGUCGCGCACUCGGGCUAGUUCAGAUAGACGUAGUACUGUUGUCUCGUCUUCAUCUGCAUCUUCCACUCCUACUUCAGAGCCCACAUCAGUGACUCAUACUGUCUUGGAGAAGACUCCUAUGGAACUUAAUAUAAAAACACAAGUAGCAGAGGUAAAGGAAGAGGAGGAGGACCAGGAGCCAUGUGGGAAGGAUAUUGAUUUAAAUGCUAUCAUGUCAGAAAUGAAGGGACUUGAUAAGCCCAUUAAGAAGGAGGAAGACCGCAGUUUGAAAGAGGCAACCCCAAGAUUAAUAUCUCCAGUGAUGCCUGCCUCGUACACAACACCUGAAAAGAAUACCACUGAGCCUCCUGUAAAGCAGUGCAUUGAAAGUCUUCCAAAGAAAAUUACAGAAUCUCCAGUAAAACCAGUUACCCAAGAGCCCUCAAAGCUUUUAUCACCAAAGGUAGAAUCCUUAGAAGAUGACAUAUAUGAAUUUAAGGAGCCAGAGCCAUUUGACUUUGGAGAGAUGCGUGCCAGGAAAGAUGUUAGGAUAAAGCCAAAUGUAGGUACUGUGGCAAUGGAAGAAGCAGAGGCUGAAGCAAAGAAUAUUAAGAAGGGUAGACCUAGAAAAGACAUCAAGGAGGGAGAAGGUGAGAAAAUGGAAUCUGAUAAUGAUUCUUCACCAAGUCCGAGUCCCUCCAAAAGAGUUAUCUUGCCGAGGGAAACCAGAGAAUCGCCAGUUAAGCGGUCCAUUCCAGAUUGUAAAGAGGCUAUUCCUGUAUUAUUAGAAGGAAAUUUGACCCCAGAAAAAAAGGAUACCAUUUCUGUUGCCACAAUAAUAUCACCCCCUCGAAAAGUGCUUUUGAAGAGGGAUACAUCGAUGAAAACAGAGACGUCUGUUGCAGUCAUACCAGAAGUGAAGUUGGUAAAGCCAGACUUUCCCAAGUGUCCCUCGCCAAAGUCAUGUCAAGCAGAUACCCCUAAAGUCCUGUUGCCUUUAAAAGAACCUGUAAGAUUGCACAUGAUUGCCGCAAAGCCAAAACCAAAUCCUAAUAUUGAGAGAUCUGUUAUAUCUCAUCCAAAACCUCUUGGCCCCUCUUCACAUCUUCUUGCUCAGGCUGUUAUGCCAGUUAUUGAGUCUAAAGCUUUAGCUAAGCCAGUUCCAAAACAAUCUUUUGAUGUCAAAUCUGAGAAAUCUAUUCUACCCAUUAAAACUGAGGAGAAAGUAGAAGCCAAAGUUAUACCUUUCUCACAAAGACAACAGCAUAUAUUUCCUCAUCUUUUGAAUCGUUCAGAGUCCAAUGAAAAAAUAAAGGACAUGCAACAGCGAGUUGCAAUACCAUGCAUACAGUCUCCACCUAGAGAAACCACACCAAAUUGUGAUUCAGGAUCUAUAAGUCAGAGUGGAUCUGAUGUUGAGCGAAUCAAAAGAGAGAGUUCAGUAGAAGAAAGCAUUGAAGCUGUUGUAAAGAGGGCACGCCAAGACCAAGAAGAACAAAAUGAAGAAGACAGUAAGACUGAUAGCAAACUUACCCCUGACAAGAAAAGGAGGGCAUCUGGCAGAGUCAAAAAGGUAUUGAGCCGUGAGUUUGUCCCUGACACUUCUGAAGAGUCUGACUCAGAUAGCAGACUAUCAAGACCUGAUAUGGAGAGGAGGAUUAGGCGAGGAAAGAUAUGUGGUGAAGGAGAGAAAUUUGCACAGAUCAGUAGAGGACAGAAACCAGUCACAGAAAUGGAAAGAAAAAGUGGAAGGAGAAAAGAUGAAGAUAUAGAUAAUGAAGAUGAGGAUCAGAAAGUAGUAGAUGAAGAUGAGGUAGAAGAAGAGGAUGAAGAAGAGGAGGAUGACGAUGAUGAUGAUGAUGAUGACGACGAUGAUGACGAUGAUGAUGAUGAUGAUGAUGCAGAGGAAGAUGAGGAUGAAGAUGAGGUAGAGGAGGAGGAGGAGGAGCCAGAGCCAGUAAUACAAACAACCAUAAAAGGCAAAUUGGGCAGAAAGCAAGAUGUAGGUUUGGAACAAGAGGAAGAUGAACAAGAGGAAGAUGAUAAUAGGCCUCUUCGAAAGAAACCUAGAGCUUCAGCCACUCCAAAGCGAAUGGAGGAAGAAGUAGAAACUGGAUUAGGUGACCUUUUGUGUAAAGAAACCAUUCCUCCUGGUAGUCCAAUGACACAUGAUGCUAUUGCCACAGAUUCAGAACCUCAGCAGCAUCCGGAUUUAAAGAAUGAAAUGCCUUUUGCUAGUGUUCCUACUGGCAGCAGCUUUGGCAAAAGAGGGCCAGUACCUGUUGGGCAGACAGUAUCAUCUACUUCUCAGCCUUCAUCUUUGCAACCUCCACAACUUCACCUAUCUCAGCAGCAAUUGACUUCUCAACACCAGCAGAUACAACAGUCUUUAAAACAGCCACAACAACAACAACAACAAAUACCCUUACAACAAAAACAUCAGCCACUGUUGAUUCCCCAAGUACACCAAUCCUGCCAUCAGAAACUGCAACACCAGCAGAUUCAGCAGCAACAAAAAUCUCAACAGUCACAAGUACAACAUACACAGUUGCAGAAGCAGCAGCAAGUCCAGCAACAACAGACAGCACAACAGAACCAACAAGCACAACAGCAUCAUCAUCCACAGCUGCAGCAACAGCAGCACUCUCAAAUACAACAAAAUCCAUUAGGACAAAAGCAGCUUGUAUCAGGGCAACUACAACAACAUUCACAAGGACAACAGCAACAAAAUCCACAAGGACAACAGCAACAAAAGCUCCAGGUACAGCAGCAGCAACAACAAAAUUCACAGGUAUUACAACAGCAACACAGUCCUCAAUUGCAACAGCAGCAAAAUCCUCAGGUUCAUCAACAGCAACUCUCACAGGUGCAACAUCAACAGAAUCAACAACAACAAUUAAAAGUUCAGCAGCAGCAUCACCAGAUACAGCAGCAGCAGCAACUUCAGCAACCACAGCUGAAGGUACAGCAGCCACAUCACCAUCAGGUGCAGCCACAUCACCACCACCAGGUUCAACAGCAGCAGCAUCAAGCACAGCAGCAACACCAACAAAUUCAACAACAAUCACAACAACAUCCUCAGCAAUAUACACACGCUCAGCAUAACCAUCACCCUCCACAGCGGCAACAUCCUGAACAGUUACAGCAAUACCACCAUCACCAAGAGCAAACUCCGCAUCAUGACCAACAAUACCAACAGAUAUCAAGAUCUGUGUCGAAUGUUAGUAAUACAAUACUCAGCUCUAGUAUAGCAGUUGUAGCUGCUGCAGCAGCUUCUGCAAGUACUAGAAAUAGUACCUGUAGUAACAUUAGUGGGUCAGUUGGUGCCUCAACAGGGCCUUCCACAUCUGGUAAUUGUGGCCCAAUAGCAGGAAGUGGAAGUGCUCAAUCAUCUGCCCAAACUACAGUUAUGGACAAUACUCCUCCAACCACACCAGAGAGCAUUAUCUCCAAUAUAUCAGAUUCACCAAGAGGGGAUAAUGAAGCAGCCAAGUUGGAUGACUCAAGCAAAUCUGGUCGAGAUUCAUCUGAGGUGGAAUUGGAGAGUUUAGGAGAUACCACAAAGAUUGACCAGUUUUCUGAAGACUCCAAUACAAUGGACAGUACAUUAGGCAGUGAACCACGCCGUCGUGGUAGGUUGAGUGUACCCGUGAAGCGUCACCAUGAGGGGCACCUUACCCAAGUUAACUUGGCUGAUGGGGAAGGUUCUGAAACUGAAGAGGGCAGUGUCACUCCAGCUGCACCAAAGAGGAGACGUCGAGGUCCAAGAGCUCGAGCCAGCAAUGAUCCCGAGGAUGACGAAAGUUCCAGGAAAAGGAGCAGCCAGGGAACUUACAUUGGACGCAGAAGAAGAAGGCACUCUUCCUCACGUGGAGACCAAGGUGCACCAUGCUGGGAUUCCAAUCUAGCUGUUGCUUCAGGGUUUGUCGAGCCAGAUUCAAGAACCACUAGAGAAGCAGGAAUUUCCUCACUUUCAAGACCAGCUCUCCAAAUAGAUGAUGACCCAGAGACAAGUGGACUGUCAGCUUUAUCUCUUGCUUGUAGUGCUGCAAGACGUUCAAGAUACAACUUUUGUCAGGAGCUUGAUCCUGAUUUAGAUGCUUCUAAGAGGAUAGCAGUUUUGCAGUCCAGAAUUCAAGAACUGAAGCGAACCUACAUGCAAGUUAAAACUGAGCUUGCCUCAGUUGAACGCAGACGGAAAAAACUUCGCCGGAAAGAACGUGAAAGUAAGACAUCAAUAAUUAUCAAUUCCUAAGAUUGAUCCGACAACCCAUCGAAAAUGAAUUCUUGUGCAAGAAGAAACGAAGCCUGAGCCUACGUAACAAGAUGUGGGUAUAAUGUGUCAACCCCAGUCAUCUGUGAUUUAUAGUGCUCAGCAUUAGUUAAUGUAAACGAAGGAUAGAUCUCAGUAGUCUUGUGUAAGAAUUGGUCAGUGACAAUUUAGCCUUUAAGGUGAUGCUUGGACAACAAUAGAGUUCAUUUUUUAUUUUCAGAGAAUUUCAUCAUUAUUGUAAUUUUUUUAAUAGUAGCAUAUGAAUGCAAUGUUCAUAUUUUUCAUUUUAAAUGAUUUGAACUCUAAGAGUGCUGUUCCUCAGCGGAAGACUGAUCAGGCGAGAUGGAGUGCCUUGAUAUUUUUAUUUACUAAUAUUAAUUUUGUAUUUAUUUAUUUAUUUAUUUUUUUUUUUUUGAGGGGGGGGGGUUAUUAUAGCCUAGUGGGUUGACAAAUUUGUUAAGAAGGCUUAGCUUGUUUACUGUGAAUCAGAGCUUUAAUAGGAAGAGAUUUAUGUGGACUACAGGAGGUUAUACCUUUGUGUAUAGCACAGGGAGGAAAUUGUGUUGAUGUUCCUGUUGUCAACCGCUGCAGCUUAAGUGUAAUGGUAAAUGAUAUGCCUUGCUCGGUGAUUUUAUUAUUAAAAUUUGGAAUUUAGAUGACAGCUGUAUUCAGUGUACAUAAAGACACAUAGAUCCUCGUGUUACUUAAGGUACUUUUUUUAUUGUUAUCUUUUAUAGGGUAGUAUACCAGAAAACUGAGUUCUUUUUAUUAUUGCAGAACUAACUCUAAAUGAAUGCCUUUGUGAGAAUUAUGUAUAUUGUGAGUAAUAAGUGAUUGGAUGAAUGAUGAGAGAGAUUGAAAGGGAGAGAAAAAUGGUCUAUAUCAAACAACAAAGUAUUUAUGAAAAUUUGUAAUAUUUUUUAUACGGACUUUAAACAUUUUUUACUCAAUAUCUUCCUAAUUCUCAAAUGAACAAAAUGUCUCCUGUGAAGUACAAGUUGUACAAUGGGUAUUUGCAUGAACCAGGUCAAAUCUCUUGUCUAUAUAUCUUACAAUGUUAACUCAUGUCAGCUGUAAUUUGACUUGUUGAUGAAUAUUUUAUCUUUACCAUAUUACUCAAAGUAAUUAAAAGCCUUUUAUUUAAGUACUGUAUGACCUAAAUCAUAGGCAUUUUAAAAUUAUAUUUGAUUGAAAGUUUUCAACCAAUUAGAGUACAGCUUUUCAUGCUCAAAAUGGAUUUACAUAUCCCAGUGGCUAGCCUUGAUUCCUAACUCUGCAUCAUGGCUCAGUCAAAUAGCAGCAACUCCAAGGUAUAUUUUUUAAACUCUGCUCGAAUGACAUAACCUUAGGAUUACAGUGCUUGACACAAUUAAAUUACCUAAUUUUUAGGAAUAGGUAGGUCCUAUGCUUUGCUGAACCAUAAAUAGUGUUUGUCCUCAGUGAUGCCAAUGCUUCAUUAAUAACUUAAACUAUUGUAUAUCCUCAAACGAGUUAUCCUUGCCAUAGCUCUGCCUUUUCUACCAUAACUCAAAGUGGUGCUUAUAUAGCUGGCCACUGUAUUAGCUCUGAGGAUCAAUAUUGAUAGCACUUGAUCAUUCUAUGCCAAGGUAAGUGUCUGUCAGCAGUAGUUAAGUCUGUUCUGUAAGAGUUAAUGUCAGUUCUGCCAUAAAAUCAUUGUAAAACAAUCUUAUACAUUAAUUUGUUUUAAAGUUUUUAAUGUGAAGUAAGUGUACAUGUGCAUAUAUUGAUGGUUGUUUAUGCAUUUCAUGCAUUGUGCAGGUGUCUAUACUUAUGACAGUUUGUACUCUGUAAGGUAUUGCAUAUUGUAUUCAGUUUUGUUAAUAAACAAACAAUGUAAAUUUAAGCACAGGAUUUAAGGGUCUUGUGAUGGGAUUGAUUAUUAAGUCAAUUAACUUUUUACCAGAACAGACUUCUCUUUAUCUCUCUUCCUUUUUUAUCUUUAAAAAAAAUAGUUAUGGCAAGUGCUACCAAAAGAGUAUAUGAAGAGUGUUUAUAAGUUGUGUGAGGCAGGAGUAGGAGCAGCAGGUCACUUUAAGCUGACAACACUUGUUUACUUUUCACUGUACAGCCCAUAGUUGUUACACCAGAAUCAUGAAAUACAUGUUUUAUGUUCAGUUUAUAUUUUGGCUUUUAAAUUUGACCCUUUUUUUUGGUAAUUUUAAAGCUGAAAAGGUAAAGGUUUUUAGGAAAUAUAUCAACUCUGCAUUCAGUCACCCAUUGAACCUCAACAGGUAAAAAGUGAAGAAUAGUGAGAAGGAAGACUUUCA